AUGCAGAAACAACGAAGUGUUUUUGUUGAUGAUCCACGUGUGGUGCUAAUCAAGCUUGCAGACCGUCUACACAACAUGAGAACCAUUUAUGCUCUACCUUCGGGCAAGGCUAAAGCUGUAGCACAGGAUACUUUGGUCAUUUGGUGCUCUCUUGCUUCCAGAUUGGGCCAUUGGGCUUUAAAAGCUGAACUUGAAGACCUCUGUUUUGCUGUUCUUCAGUGUGUGCAGCCUCAGAUCUUCCAGCAAAUGCGAUCUAACCUGGCCUCCUUGUGGACACCCAGCAGCAGCAGUAGCAGGGUAGGCAAACUGAGAAGACUAUCAUCCAAAAGUAGCUCAAAUCCUGAGUAUGAAGCAUCAACAGAAGAUGUCGUAGUCAGCAUGAAGGAUCUUUUGCAGGCUGUUAUUCCAUUUGAUCUCCUGCUUGAUCGAAGAAAACGUAUUAAAUAUAUUCAAGAUCUAGGGUCAUGCUCAGAGGUCCAAACAAAACCAAAAGUCGUGAGGGAUGUUGGGAUUGCCCUAGCAUCUCUGGUCGUUUGUGAGGAAGAACUAGAACGCGAGUUGUUUAUAUCAACCUCCUAUGUUCCUGGAAUGGAGGUAACCUUAUCUAGCCGCCUUAAAAGUUUGUACAGCAUCUAUAGUAAGAUGAAUCGUAAAGAUGUGAGCAUUGAUAAAGUAUAUGAUGCACGUGCACUGAGAGUAAUUGUUGGAGAUAAAAGCUUUGGACACCAGUUGAUGGCGAGUUUGACGAUUACAUUGUCAAUCCAAAGUCAGGCGGAUAUCAGUGCAUGGUCCAGAAAACUCACCCUUGGAAGUCUAAAUAAGAACGCAGAGCAUGCAUGA